CUUGGUUCCAUUCCACUGGGGAUAGGGGUUGGUAUUCUGGCAUGGAUGCUUGUCUCACUGCUGUCAGGCACCCUGUGAUUCGUCAGGUGCCUAUGAGAUGCUGAGAUGACAUCAGCAGAGCACCAUCUACCCUCCAAUGAGCACCCACUCCACCGCAGUGCGCUGUGUGACUUCUGCUGUAAAAAAUGCCAGUGACUGUGUGCAACUGUAUCUGAGGAUUGCCUUAAUUUCACUUGGAUGAGUGGAGCAAGUUGCCACAGUGAGACAAGCCUAGCAUUCAUUUAGUAAUUCCACGUAUAUGGUUCACAGUACAAUUAGUUUCCGUGACGGGGGUGAAAAAGCAAACAGGACCGGUAGCCUACAGACACCCGCCUACCUGCCACACCUCCAGUCAGGCAGAACAAAGAGACCACUGGACAGGAGAUGUUAAAGGUGUGUUCAAAGGCAAAUACACCAAAGAUAUGGAGCCAUGGUUGUAUGCGGAUAUGCUUUGUAUUCUUAGGAAGAAGUAAUGUACAAGACUAGUCACCUCACACCAGACUGGCGUCAUACAUCAUAGGGUGGCCUACACAGACUUAAGUAUUAAACGUGAGACCUUGCGACAAAAUGUUCAAAGGAAGGCCGCUUAUGCGAUAUUUCUUACUUGUCGGUGGAACAUGUCUUCUUUUUGGGCUUUUUUAUUCAAUUUUCAGUCCCGUGUCAAUCAGCGUAAUAAAUAGCUGCUUUGAGUCUGCGAGUAUGCAUGCUGGCAGUCAACUGAAAUCAUCCCAAGAAGCAACAAGUGAACCUGACAAUUCAAAGAAGCUCACCUGGAGACCUGUGAAUCAGGACCUGGCCCUUCCACAGGGAUUACAUUAUGAACAGCCCCACCUCUUGAGGCCAAGGAGAGGUGAUGUGUUGACAGUCACACCAUGGCUGGCGCCCAUUGUCUGGGAAGGAACCUUUGACCCUGUUAUCAUUGACAACAUAUACAAGCCACUAAAUCUUACCAUUGCAACCACCGUGUUUGCAGUUGGAAAAUAUACCCGUUUUCUGCGUGAUUUCCUGGAGUCAGCUGAGAAGCACUACAUGGUGGACUUCAAAGUGCACUACUACAUCUUCACUGAUCAGCCCACAGAAGUGCCAUCGGUGAAUCUCGCUCCUGGGAGAGAAGUGAGUGUCAUCCAGGUGCCCAAGUUCAACCGCUGGCAGGAGAUUUCCUUGCGAAGGAUGGAGAUAAUCCAGACAGCCAUCGAGGAGCGGAUCCAUAAAGAGGCCGACUACAUCUACUGCCUAGACGUGGAUAUGAAAUUCCACAACCGCUGGGGGCCAGAGGUGCUGGGGUCAUUGGUUGGUGCAAUACACCCAUGGUUUUAUGAAUUUGAACGUGAACAUUUCACGUAUGAACGCCGCCCUUCCUCCAAGGCCUACAUCCCAAAGGACCAGGGAGAGUUUUACUACAUGGGUUGUGUUUUUGGGGGCCGUGUUGAGGAAGUGCACAAACUAACCAAAAAGUGCCGUGAGCACCUAGAGGUGGACAAAACCAGUGAGAUGGAGGCAGCCUGGCAAGAAGAGAGUCACCUCAACUGGUAUUUUCUGUACAACAAACCAACCAAGCUGUUGUCCCCAGAGUACCUGUGGGAUGAACUGAAGGGUAGAACCCCGCAAGAGAUUAGGCUCAUCCGUUUUGCAGCUGUCAUCAAGAACAAAGCUGAAGUGCGUGAAAAUGUGUAGUUUGGUCUGAAUGAGGGAUGUUAAACAUUACAAGGAAGUUUUACUGUUCAUUUAAAACUGUUUAAGCAUUUACAAUGCACAGCAAGACUACUUACAAACACAAUCAAGUGCAAGUUGGAACAAUUGUUCACUUUACUAUAUCUUAUCUAAUUUUUAAUAUCUUACCCAUUCCUGCCUCUCCCAACAAAACCUCAAAUAUUGAGAUGUCAGAUAUGUACUUAAGUUUCAAUUAAAGACUGCACCUGUGUAACAGCAAAUAGUGGCAUUGUAAUGUGGUGAAGCAGAUAUUUUGCUGUACCCUAAAUACCAAAGGUAAUUUUACAGAGUGACAUUUUGGUUCCAAUGGUAACAAAAUAUUGAAUGAAUGUAGCCAAUAGUCAGAUAGCAAAAGUGGCUGAACUCUUUUCAUCUUCUAAAACCCUUACCUUUGGUACCUAAGGCAAAAAAUUGCAUGAGCUGAUAAAUCUUAAACGAGUGAAAGAACAGGGGCAUGUUUUGAGCAUUCUAAAACUGAGUGCUGUAAAUAAAUUGUGUGAAAUGAGUUUAGGGGCAUAAACAUUGACACUGAAAAUGAGUGCAAAAUAAUGCAUUGAUUGCAUUUAAAUGAAAUGAUUGACAUCCCAAGUCAAAGUUGCACGGUUACCCAACUAAAAUACUAAAGGUUUGGAAAUUCUGCAGAAUUUCACCUGUAGAUUUCAAAUGAAUGUCUCGGAUAACCUCAAGCCAAUCUGCAUCUUUAUUUCUUGGUAAUUAUUACAAACAACAUUUUUUCCAGAUUAUUGUGGAGACAUGAGUAGAGUACUAGCCUGCUGAAAUGAUCUUAUUUAUAAUUUUAAAUGGUUCAUUACAAGUGCCUUAAAUGCCUUAUUACAAGUCCAUCAAAUACUAUAAAAGAUAGUCUUCAUUAAUAUUAUAUGGGUAAAUGUGGAACGUAAAAUUAUUUUUUUGUUGGCAAGACUGUGUCUUGGUCCUUGUCUUGGCACAACACUGUGUAUGCUGGUUUUCAUUUAAUUGGAACCUGGUUAAUUUGGGCUUCUUGGUCUAUUUGAAUACCAGUUUUAAUACAAUAUAAGUAUUCACUCUUAGGUUUUUACUUCAGGUGUAGGUGUUGAAAGUGGAAUGUGCAGCAUCUUCUGGAUCUCAUAGCUAUGCACUGUAUUUGUUAAAAGAAGGGUUUCACUUGGGUGUAAAAAGUGAGCAUACACCUAUAUGGUUCAACAUUCAUAGGAAUUACACCACUGGUUGCAAUGUUAGAUGAAGGUUUUCGAAACCCACGGAUUAUCACCUUCUGGCUUGCUUUCAUUAUCAAAGCUCACAUCUGUUUCUGGUAUCUCCUCUGCAUUUUUGUUGCUUUAUACUUACAAAAUGGCAUUGUCCAUCCAGCAUGUUUGUCAUUUUAGACAAUGUAUAAAUGUAUAAGGGAAGUUCACAGACUUUCCUUAAGACCAUCCAAUUUGUUAAAGCAAUGUGAUUGAGGGACAUUUAAUGUACAGUUUAUAUGAAAGUGUUAAUUCAUAAUUGCCAUGUUGCACUUUGGUAUUUUGAAAAGGGAUUUUUGUGAAAUUGUCUUAUCACUGUCAAUGUUGCAAACCAAUGAGACAUAUACAUACAACUGU